AUGGAUGUCGAUAACCAUUCCGCGGCCGAGGAUCGCUCUCGUCGGGCCACCAGCGUCCUAUCCAUGGAUGACAUAGAGGCCGCUCAGGCGCUUGAGGGGCUCCGUUCUGACUAUGGACACUCAUCCCCGCGAACCGCUACGCAACAGAAACCCUCCAACGCCUCCUCGCUUCCUGCAUCCGACUCCAAGCCACAGCCCGAACCCCUCCUGUCCCUGCUUACAUCUACCCACCCCUUGAUCUCCUCGGCCAUCAAUGGGUCCAUGUCCGCAUAUACCUCGUCGAAAUCGUACUCGCCGCGUUUCAAGUCCGGUGUCGAGUUCAUUGAGCGCAACAUCGGCUCGCCUGUCGCCAACACCGUCGGAACGGUAGGUCGCAAGACCGGUGUCGAGAGCGGUCUCCGCUGGGCCCUCCAGCGCCGCGAAUCCAGCUCGACCGACCCCGCGACGAAGCGUCGCAAAGUGAGCGGCGAGAAGCCGCCGGCGGAUGUGGAUGUCGAGAAGGGACUGGUCGAUGAGUCCUCCGAGUCUCCGCGCGUGCGCAGCUCCUCAGACCCGUCACACUCCGAGCCUCUGCCGCCAUACGACGAUAUGCGGUCUCCGAACUAUGAGGAGAUCGGCCGGCCGUCAUCGCGCCAGGGCCCAAGCACCUGGCAGAGCCGGCUCAUGAUCUCGACAUCGGGUCUGGGCGUCGCCAUGAGCGACGAGUCCCUACGCAGCCUGCAGUACUGCCUGACCUGGCUGCGGUGGGCGAACGGCCGGCUGGGCAAGGCCAUUGUCGCGCUGCAAAGCGCGCUCAAGGACUGGGAAGCCGCACAGAAGGAGAACGGCGAGGGGGCCGAUGCCUCGUUGCUGUCGCAGCGCAUCCAGGCCGUCAAGGAGGAUGUCCUGUCGACCCUAAAACAGGUUGUCGACGUCGUCUCCAAGUACGCUGGGGGUGCGCUGCCCGAGAAUGCGCGGAACCUGGUCCGUCGGCACCUGACUUCCCUGCCACAUCGCUUCCAGGUCGCCUCGACGUCCCAGCCGCCGCCGGGCUCGGCGGUCUCCAGCUCGGAUGCCACGUUGGGUGCCCAUCGCAUUCUGGUGCUGGCGCAGGAAGGCCUGGACAUGAUGGCCCAGGUCAGCGGCGUGGUUAAUGACACCCUCGUCAGCGCUGAGCACUGGUGCGAACGACUGGGCAAGAAGCGACCGGAGGGCAAGAAUGCGGGCGAAAUGCCCCCACCUGAGCCCCGGCAGGAACAACAGUACCCGGCUGAUGUGAAGCAGCCGAUCUGUGAGCCCCCUCGGGAUGCUGCCAUGAUGGGGACGCAGGAGAAGGUGUAG